CGAAGCUUCAAACAACCUCCAUCUAGGUACUCUACUCUCAAGCGGGACCCGGGGGAAAGUCUGAAUCUUUUUUUCUUUUUACCCGUGACGCAAUCGUACACCGAGUCAACCGAGUCACCAACACCCCUCGCACAUAACCUUGUCCAUGGAAGGGGAUCAUGCCGCUGCCCGGAGAAAUCAACGCAUCCGGGUUGCCGAGAAACUUCAGUAUGACUUUCGGUGAUUAGUUACGUUGCGUAGGGUCAUCUUCUCCUCCCCUCCUCGCCCUCCUACCACAUCCCACCCCCCUCUUUCGAACAACCUCCGACCUCGCUCAAACUUCCGUCACGUCGUUUGUCGUAUGCUACAGUUAUGGCCACCCCAUACAAUGAAACGCACAUCCAGUAUGACGGGCACAUCUUCAACGAAACGCUCUUGAAUGAGUUCAAUUAUACAAUCUGGGGAAACGGAACGCUCUCAAACUCGACGUCAAAUUGCUGGCUUGUCUUCGGCCCGUACAAUGUUGCCCUCCUCGCCAACGGAACGUCCGUCAACGGCACCAAGUGUGAAAGCCCCGUCAAAAAGAUCGCAACCCGCGGUGGUCUCGGUGUUGGCUUCGGUGUUCUCUUCGCGAUCAUGAUCAUCCUCGGAAUCACCUCCCUGGGCAAACACGGAAAAAGCUACCUGCCACUCGAGAAGCAGUUCCGGCUAGUUUCACGGCGGUGGCCAUGGUACUGGUUCUUGAUUGCGGGUACUUGUGGGUGCAUCUCGGGAUUCACUAGUGUAGAUGUGGACCGAAGCUACCUCCCUGGCACCGGGUUGAUACUUCAAAACGUCUUCUACUAUGUCACACUGCCGGCAAUGCUGGCGUCGAUCUGGGAAAUGACGCGGCACUGGGGAAGCUUUUGUGAGCGCAGACUGCUGGAUGCAGACCCAUGGAAAUUCGUCCACACCGACCUGAGAAGCAAGCUCGAGUUUUACAAUCCUCUUGUCUUUUACCUCUUCGGAUUCUUGACGUUCUUCCUUUCGGUUCUUCGCUCGUGGACUCCUAUUCCCAAGGGUGCGUGGUCUGGCGAUCACCAUGAGUCCAUAGCAGCGGCCACCGACGGACGGUUCAAAGCCUCGAGUAUAUUCGCUUUCCUGGCAUGGCUGUCCAUCCUCGCAUCCGUCGCCACCUCGUUCACGUAUUACCCACCCGUGGCGCAACGGAUCUCCGCAAAGAUCCCCAUCUGCCUAGCUGCGAUACUGGUACGCGUGGUAUACAAUAUCGCGGUGGCCUGGGAAUACAACCUCGGCCCUCUCAACGCCUUCACGAACGUGGCGUACAUUUACGUCUUGGGCUAUGCUCCCAUCAUCUUCUGCAUGCUCACCAUGUGCAUCUGGGCUAGGAUCGAGGUGAACGAUGACUUGCAGAUCAAGGAGCUGAGGAGGGAAAGGGAGCGGAAGGUAGAUCACGAGCUAGGAAUUGGACCUGGUCAGACACAAUUGCUGAAGGUGUCCCCAUCCGAGGACGCGGCGUUUGACAAAACCUGACGCGAUUGGUUGUGCAAAGGGGCGGUAAGACGCGGUAGACGGUGGGGCGGAGGUGGAGCGGGGACAUGUUUACUUCCUGAAGCAUAAGCAUGAUCAUGGGUGGCGCAUUCGGUUUGGUGUUAUAUCAGGUCCCUCCUUUCGUCUCCUUCGUGUAGAGUAAUAUUUCUCCUUCCUUUUCUCUUCAGUCUUUCUUUCAUCCGGCUUCAGACUUUCAGUCAUUUGCUGUGAGCUUGGUACACGUUAGAGUUUCUUCGGGUCGAGAGUGUCAGAGUAAGAGGGGAGAAAGGCCGUUCGCUUUUAGAUAGCAGCUGUUAUUUCAUCAUGCUGUGUUCGGUCGGAUAGCAAUCAUCAUUCGUCUUCACCUGAAGAAUUGCGUGGGG